AUGGCGCCCUCUUCACCCCCUCCCCAGACGCCAUCCAUCCACACGCCCUCGCUCCACCGCCCCUCGCUCGACGACUCCGACUCGGACGGCUCCCACGCCACGCUGCAGCAGCAACAGCAACAGCAACAGCGCCGCUCUCCCCUGCCCACCUCGAUACUCUCGCCCUCGUCCGCAAAGUCGCCGACGUCAGCAGACUCGCGCGGCGCCCCAGCGCAAAACUACUCGCGUCCCGGCAUUGUGCGCGAUGCAACCCAGAGCCAGAGUCACAUUGGCGCGCAUCUAGGACACCGCCCCCGCCAGCGCUCCCAGGGCUACUUCGAGCCCAGUCUGAGUUCCAUGAAGGAGGGCUCUAUACGGGACCGCGACAACACCAUGGCCUCGCAGACCCAUCUUACCGCCUCGCAGAUCGCCGCCCAGGCCGCAUAUGCCUCGAACCCCCAGCACAAUCGCAAGCGCUCCACCACGAUACCCGCUCCGAACGAAGCUGCGCCUGCAGGACGGGGCCAGCCCAUGAGUCCGCCGCCUGUGCCGGCGCAGGUCACGUUUAGGACGAAUGGCAUUACGUACUCGAAUGGUGUUGGGGGAGGCAGGAUGGCCGCCACGAGCGCUGCGAACGCGGCGUUUCCACGGAGUCCGCUCAACUCGCCUGGCAUUGAAGGGACACAGCAACCGCACGCGUCGCCUAAAUUAGUGUCGACGCCUGAGCCGCCGCAGCUGCAGAAGCCGAAGGAGGGGAAGAGCAGGAUAGGCGGGAAGCUGUUCUCGUCCAAGCCGAAGAACAUCAAGGUGGACAAUAGGUUGGAUGGCAAGCACCAGGCGCUACCGUCGCCGGGCAAGAUUGGCAUUGGCAUUCACAGCUCGCAGGCGCUGAAUCGCAUGAUGAUGGCGGGGUCGACGACGAGCUUGGUUGAUUCGGCGACAAAUAGCAGUAAUGCUUCCUUGUACUCUUCUGCCAACGCGUCGACAUCCACGCUAGUGCCUCCACGGAAUGAUUCUCUACCCGAGAGAAAAGAAGAGAAACAUAAACACCACUUCUUGUCGCGGCAGAAGAACAAGUUGAAAGACCAGGAUGGCUUCGCACUGCCAUUGUCGUCUGCCAGCAGUAAUUCCAAACCUACAAAUCCCAGCGCACCAGAGCCGCUGUAUUCCUUCGCCGCGCCUUCGUCGCCAGGGCAUUCAAGUAGUUUUGCAAAUUCAGUAACCGGUCUAGAUCUCCGGCAUGGAGGACGCCAUCUCCGACGAGCGAAGAAGGAAGAGAAGGCCGCCGCGUUUCUAGACGCGCAACUCGAACCCCCGUACCGAGAGCGGAAUCAGUCCUUCAGCACCGAGCGAUCAGAAUGGCCGUCUCUAGCCAGCAGCAUAACCACGACCCCUAACAUGAGCACGCCCAGCCAAACCAUCUCUCACACAACAGAGAUGCUCCACCUAGGCAGUUCCUUUGGCAUCAACGGCCUCUCGCCCGACGACGCCUGGCCCUUGCUCAAAGCACGAGUACUUUUAAUAUUCGAAGGAGAAGACCCGCGACCCCCCGUCGAAGAUUUCAACGCCCUAGUAACCGUGCACAUAAAACGCUGCAUCCACAAACGGUCCCCCAUAAUCCUCAUCGAAGACCUAAACGAACUCCUCCAAACCGGCUUCGGCUCUCUCGACCAAACCCUCCGCCACGUCCCCGACGACCGCCUCAUUCCCCACCUAGUAGAAAUGUGGCUCGUAGUCUUCACCACCAUCCUCCCCUUCCUGCAAGCCGUCUUCCUCCCCCUCGACCUCGAGUUCAGAGGCAGCGGCAUCAUGACGAGUGCCCAGGCAGGCGAGUUCUGGGGCGUCAUGUUGCCUGACGAGAUGAAUACCAAGAGUCCGGAACAUCGGAAUAUACCUAUACUUGGGGAGCUGGAGGUUAGGAGGAUUACGCUGCUUAUGUUUAGGGAUAUUGUUAUUCUGCCGAGGUAUGAAGCGCUUAUGGCGAUUUUCUCGCGGCUUAGUCUGGAGAAUCUUAAUGCGGGAUUGGAGAGUCCGAGUCCGAUUCCGGAUCAUAGACCCGGGACGGCGGGGAGUGGGUUUGGUGCUGCGGGGGAGAGACAGAGUGGAGGGGGGGAGAUGGGGAGUCUGAAUUCGACGAGUACGUCGAGUGCGGGCUAUCUGGAGAGUACGACGAGUAUGACGAGUUCGACAUUCGCAAACAGUACACGCUCACGUGCGACGUCGAAUACUUCCGCUGGCUCCUUCUCCUCAAACCCAUCCUCCCACCCGCCUCCCCACUACCACCCCCAAUCCCUUCACCACCCUACUUCCUCCUCAAACGCCCUUCACCCAACCAUCUCCCACCUCCACCCACCCCCAACAUCCCAUUCAAACUUCACUUCUAACUCCAACGCCCCCUCCUCCCUCCGCCAAACCCCCAUGGACAGCACCAAAGUCACCGAAACAGUCGGCCGCAUGCUGCAGUGCGUUUCCGUGCUCGUUUCUCUCCAGUCGAGCGAUGAUGCACAAGAGAAAAUUGGGCGCCUGAAUAAGGAGUUGAAGUAUAAUUGGUUGGGGAGGGGCAGGACGGGGAGGCAGAGACAGGGGUUUGUGGGGCCGAGGGGGGGGACGAGGACGGGGUUGGGGAUGGGUGUUGGGAUGGGGAGUGUGGGCGGAGGGGGUGUGAGUGUGGCUGGUGUGGGUGCGUAG